AUGGAAUCUUUACAAAUCCACCUACGACCCGGGGCCGACGAGCCGAUUGAAUGCUGGGAUGAUGACGAUGACUUGCAGUUCAGCGAGGAUAUUCACUUUCGCACCGCAUCCAGCGCAGGGUCUAUAACAAACUCAUCAUUUCGGCCCUCUGGGCAUCGAGAUUCUAUCUCCUCUCGACGCUCUGCUCGCUCAGAUAUUGAAUCUAAUGCUGGCGACGAAGACUGGCAGGUUCCGCUUUAUGACAAUGAUGAAUUCGCAAAAGAAGAUGCUAUUGCCUCGGCCAAGACUGCGGGCAUUCCUAUUCCUCCAGAUAUCCCCAAGUCAGCUCUCAUUGGGGGCACGAUCAAGCGCUUGUCAACUCGAAAGACCAAACAAACUUUUGUUGAUGACUGGUCAGAAGACGUUGAGCUCCCGGGUCCUGAAAUUCUGUUACAGCUCAAAACUCCGCAGGAGACCACGUUUCCUGACUCCCUUCGACAUUUGAGCUCCGCUGCUACCAGUCCAGUGAAAUCCACUACCUCGCCAUCUUGGGAUGAGGAAUUCUCUACGCGUUUGCAAUCUACCUUGGGGCCAUUUGACACCUUCCAAGACGACAAUGGUAGUCUGGAACCUCAAGAUAUCCCGACCCUUAAAUCCCCUCGAUCACCGAAAACAUUGGACUUCGGCAAUGUUGGCAGUGAUUUCAAUAUUGAACAGGAGGCAGACGACGACUUCAACCAGGAUUUUGAACUUCCCGCCAAUCAUCAACCUCUCGAGUUAUCCCAUCGAAAAGCGAAUUUCUACGUUUCUAGUCCCACUUUGGAGGAAUUUGAUCUUGAGUGGUCUGAGGGAAGUAUCGGUGUACGAGUCGGUGGUACCGCAAGGGAUGGUCGUUCAGUUCCCAGCUCUUCUAUCUCCAUCGCGAGCCCCAGCGUUUCAAGUUGUCUCACGGCAGAAAGUGAAGAGGAUGGCCUCGACGGUCUCAUCAUCCCCGAAGGUCCGCUUGAUUUUAGUGCUUCUCUGCAGAAGCGACAGACUGCGCAAGCUGAGAAUGUUGACGCGGAAAAGAGUCAGAUGCAUCAUAUUCCUUCUGACGCUGAUGACUUCUUUUCUGGCAUUGAUAUCGACAAUGAGAAGGCGUUCUCCUUUGGAAAGCCCGCUCUGAAUCCCAACAUAAAGUGCAAGACAGAACGGCCGUCUAGCCCGACUCGUCGAUCUGCAACAACACUCACGUUCACCAGUGCGACAGGAUCUCCACGAACUCGUAUUCCACGUCUAUCUGGCCAUGAUCGAACCCAUUCAACCCACCUUGAGACUGUGUCAGAAAGUGGUGCACCUCUUUCCAAAUUUCGAACCUCACAAUCGCGCCUAGGGCAUUCGUCUCAAUCGUCAACUUCAAGUCUCCCAGCCCCUAGCGCUAAUCCAACAUCUCCGUCUCCUACACUCUCUGGUCGACGGCUUCUCGGGUCUCGCAAUUCCCGGGACAAUGCCCAGGCUGGCGAAGGUAACCCUUCAGUUCGGCGUUUGAAGACCAAGCGAUCCCUACCAUCGAUUCGUGGCUUAGGCUCAGCCGCUUCAAUGACUUCCCAGCGGCCAAUCGAUCGUCCAGUCCGUCUUCCCUCUGCCCGGCCUAAAACCCCGGUGGAACCUCCUGUAACCGAUGCGAGGUCGCAAGGUCGCCGGCCACAGGUACCAUUUAUGCCGGCUGGUGUAUCAGAAUCCCAAUCACAUCAUGCCAGCGUGAAAGGGUAUCGCUCGUCACGUCGAACAAAUUCAGAUAGCUCUGGUGGGCUUCUUAGUCCGCAGGGCACCGUCUCUCGACUCUCCCGACCUCGCAAUGAGUUCCGUGCUGUUGGUGACACAAGCGCAGAUCCCCACAGUUCUACAAAACGGACCAUCACACGACCCACCAAAAGACGCAAUUUUGGGGAUGGAACCGAGUUGGAAUCGUUCGAUGACCUUUCUACGUCGGUCUUGGCCGAGAGCAAGUUCGUCAAAACUCCCGCCGGUCGAGGUGCUCCAAGGUCCAUCCGCGCCAGGCUUAGCCAGAGUCGGAUUGAUCCGCAUGAAUCUCCUCAAUCUUUCACGUCCCCCUCGACCUCCAAAUUGCGCAGUCCCACGCCUAGGUUUGCGCGAGAUACAAAUGCCUCCAGAAAUGCACGGGAACAACGUAUUGCAUCGAUGGCUAUUAACUCCAAAAACCGUGAACCCAAUCCUCUUUCGGCGUUCAAUACCAAUUGGAAAUCCCCACCGAGCUCCAGGAUUCCUCCGGCCUCAACCAUCCGAAGCCGGAAAGGUAAAUCAAAUGUCAAAUCAACGUCCAAGCCACACUUGAUCAAGCCCAUGGGAUCUGGAGUGCAGGAUGCCAAAUCUGUGAGCGGUAUGCGUUACAACCCUACCAAUUUCCGGUGGGAAGGAAACGAAAAUCUCGUUCAGGAAUUUGAUAUUCCCAAAUCCCCUAAACCUACCCCGGCUCUUAUUGCCAACGUUGGAGGGCAGAACGUUCAGACAGUUGGUGGAAUGGUCUUCGAUCCACAACGUAUGUGCUGGCUCCGGGCAUUUGAAGAUACAGAUGAGGAUGUUUUUGCCGGUCUAGAUGAUUUGGAUGAAAACAAGAUUGAAGAGGAUGCCAGUGCCGGUGAAUCCUCUGAUGAAGGACCUAUGACUGAAGAAUUUGAUGUCGGACCAGAAUUCAUUCGACGACAGCGAGCUGAAGAAGAUAAGUGGAGACGUAAAGUUGACAAAUGGGUGUUUGAUCGAGGUGAUUAUCCUUGGAGAUGGAUUAUCCGGGAUUUAGUUUGA